AUGGCAUCAAUAACUCGUUUGUCAUUAGCAUCAACAUCGGCAUUAUGUCGUUUAUUAGUGAAUCGUAAUGCAGGUCUUAUCCACCAACACUUACCUUCAAUGAUAAUUCCGUCCGCUACCCAGCAACGAUCAAUCAUGACCACACCUGUUCGUCGAGAUAUUGAUUCAGCAGCUAAAUAUAUCGGAGCUGGAGCUGCCACUGUUGGUGUAGCUGGUGCCGGUGCAGGUAUUGGAACAGUAUUCGGUUCACUUGUUGUAGCCUAUGCAAGAAAUCCAAGUUUAAAACAACAACUCUUCUCUUACGCCAUCUUGGGUUUUGCCCUGUCUGAGGCCAUGGAACACUGA